UGCUCCCCACCUCGUCUCUCUUCCACUCAUCUCCUGGCCUCUCCUCUCCUUUAUCCUCUUCCAAUCCCAAUACUGUUACCGUUACAAAUCCAAUCCUCUCCUGAGUCUCUCCUCUGCUUUAGCUAGGUAGCUACGGCCCUUUGGUCCCCGGCUAGCUUCUUCUUCAUUCGACCCCACGCAGCAGCAGGACGCCAGCAGCAGCCAGCAGCCAUGGCUGCCGUGACCGCGGCGGCCGUCUCUCUGUCCUCCUCGUCGUCCCCAGCUGCUGCUGCUGCCAAGGCCAAGGCGGCGGCGUCCCCGUCGUCGCCAUGCAGCCACCUCCAGUUCCUAUCCUUGUACCCGCAGCGGCGCACCCGCGCGGUGCGGAUGCGGGUGCAGGUGUCCAGCACCGAGACCGCGGAGGCGGAGGCGGUGAAGAAGGAGAAGGUGUCCAAGAAGCAGGACGAGGGCGUCGUCACCAACAAGUACAGGCCCAAGGAGCCCUACGUCGGGAGGUGCCUGUCCAACACUAGGAUUACCGGCGACGACGCGCCAGGGGAGACGUGGCACAUGGUCUUCAGCACCGAAGGCGAGGUCCCCUACAGAGAGGGGCAGUCCAUCGGCAUCAUCGCUGACGGCGAGGACAAGAACGGCAAGCCGCACAAGCUGAGGCUCUACUCCAUCGCCAGUAGCGCCCUCGGAGAUUUCGGCGACUCCAAAACGGUGUCGCUGUGCGUGAAGAGGCUAGUCUACACCAACGAUCAAGGGGAGAUCGUCAAAGGAGUCUGCUCAAACUUCCUGUGUGACCUGAAGCCCGGCUCUGAGGUGAAGAUCACAGGGCCAGUGGGCAAGGAGAUGCUCAUGCCCAAAGACCCCAAUGCAACAAUCAUCAUGCUCGCAACGGGUACUGGUAUCGCUCCGUUCCGCUCCUUCUUGUGGAAGAUGUUCUUCGAGGAGCACGAGGACUACAAGUACACCGGCCUUGCGUGGCUGUUCCUGGGAGUCCCGACGAGCGACACCCUGCUGUACAAGGAGGAGCUGGAGAAGAUGAAGGAGAUGGCGCCUGAAAAUUUCCGGCUGGACUUCGCGGUGAGCCGGGAGCAGACGAACGCGGCGGGGGAGAAGAUGUACAUCCAGACGCGGAUGGCGGAGUACAAGGAGGAGCUGUGGGAGCUGCUCAAGAAGGACAACACCUACGUCUACAUGUGCGGGCUCAAGGGCAUGGAGAAGGGCAUCGACGACAUCAUGGUCGAUCUAGCAGCAAAGGACGGGAUCGACUGGAUGGAGUACAAGAAGCAGCUCAAGAAGGGCGAGCAAUGGAACGUCGAAGUCUACUGAUCCAUGCAUUGAUCCAUGACGACGACCAAUACGUUUUUUUGUUGUUGUUUUGGUUCUGUUGUGCAAGCUCCGCUCGAUCUGCUCAACGAUGCUCUGCCGCUGGGCUAUAUAGCCACUGCUGAUGGAGAUGCACGCAUGAUGCAUCCUUCAUUGAUCAGCAUCAGCUCAAACAAGCUGAUGACGAGUUAGCUCUGCAUUGCUAAGAUCAAUGAAAUUGCCGAGUCAGACUCGGUCUAUCGAUGUACAUAUACCUUACGAUUGGAAGACACAUAUAUAAUCCAUGGUUUCUUUCUGGAACA